AUGUCGUCCUGGCUACACAGAAAACGCAAGGGCGAGUUGCAAGAGCUCGCCUCGCAGGCCAACCUUCCCGAUGCGGGCCUCUUGAAGGACGAUCUCAUUGCCGCUCUUGAGACUCAAUUGUCGCAAAACCAGAGCACGUACAGCAAAAAUCCAGCCUUUAGUGACUAUUACAAGCGCACUGGAUCGCCCUUGAAGCGUGAGCGCCCGUCACCUCCGGAUGCUGGUACCGCCGUUGUUAGCAAGCCGAGAAGACGCCAAACCAAGCUCAUUGAUCAGGAGGACUCCCAAGAGGAUAGCACGCCACAGAAGGCACUCACGACGCGCACCCCACGGACUGUGUCCCGAAUCACGUCGGCAAUUGACAUCCCCGCGUCGCCAUCCCAACUCGCGAAUGUGGCUGAGCAGGCUGGCACCGCAAUCGAUAAGAAAGCGCGCGACCUCUGGAAGUUCCAAAAGAGCAGGACCGAGGGAGUUGCUGAGUUCUUGCGCGAGAAUUUCAGCUCCGUGGUUGCUGUCCAAAGCUUCGUGUUGAUCGUCGAGGCCGCCGGCCUCCAAUACAAUACCCUCGAAUGGGCACAUCCCAAAACGCCUGCGAUUGCCAGUUUAGGCCUCCAGUCGCGAGAAUUUCCAUUUCCCAACCUGUGGCUUCUUCUGACCAGCGAUUUCUGGGCACCUGCGACAUUGUGGUCGCUCACGAGCAUUCUCUUUCCGCUCGUCGCGUCUUACUUCGUCAACCUUACUCUGCGCUCCAACACGCAACACAAGACCAACAAAAAGACCUACACCGCCGAUCCUUUGACCUUCAAUAUCGUCAAGGCAUUGUUAGCCUACACCAUCUACCCGCUGGUUACUGUGGCGAAGGUACAGGGCAUUCCUCCUGUCCCCGUCGCCGAAUAUGUCGUCCCAGCUUGGGGACCAUUCAGCUCGGAUACUGUUACUACUAUCAGCAAAUCCGUCCCUGGAGGGCCGGCAGGUCUUUUGAUUGGAGCAGGCGUAGGCGUCCUCGCGGCCAUUUACGAUGCCGCCCUGAAGAAAUAA